CACAAAUGAUUAGUCUUAUUAAAUCUUGUUGAAUCCUUCAUUCUUCUUUUUUUUUAUCAUCUACUGUUUAUAAUUCUCUUCGAUUUCAUUGAAUGAACAUGAAGAUAUCAAGAAUCCUUAUGAUAUUGAUUGUGGUUUUCAUUAAUGGUUAUCAAGCGAUGGAUUGUGGAAAUGGUGAUUCCUGUGAUGUUGGUAUUACAUUCCUACAUUCAACAUAUUGCUGUAAAGAUUCUUCUGAUAAACCAGCAUGCUGUAAAGAAUUACGUUGGUGGCCACUUGCUGUUACAAUAUGUGCCGCUUUCUUGGUACUCAUUAUAAUCUUCAUCUGUUCAUGUUGUUACGGUCUCUUUAGUUGUAUAACUGAUAUUUUAUGCUGUUUUUGUAAACGUUAGAAUAAAAGUAGUCAACAUUUAUCGAGUUACUUUUUUCUCUAUUACUUUACUUCAUUACCUAAUUCUAUGUAUGUAUGUAUGUAUGUAUG